AUGCCUAAACCUACGGAAGAAACUUGGAGAAACUCCGAGAUCGGUUACAAAGAAGUAUGGAAUUUUCCAAAUUGUGUAGGCAGCAUCGACGGCAAACACAUAUCUAUAAAGUGUCCUCCUAAUAGUGGAUCAGAUUUCUUUUGCUACAAACAGUUUUUUUCUAUUGUACUCCUCGMAAUUGUGGAUCCAUUUUAUAAAUUUAUCAUGGUAGAUAUUGGCAGUUACGGGCGCCACAGUGAUAGUGGUAUAUUUGAAAAUUCAUUAUUUUAUAAUGAAUACAUAAAACGGAAAUCUCUGUUACCUCCUAAGGCACUACCUGGUACGACUGAAUUAGUUCCACAUGUAUUAAUAGGCGAUGAGGGUUUUGGAUUGCAAACUUAUCUCUUGCGCCCUUUUCCGAGAUCGGCAGUCCUUCAUGAUGAAAGAAAACGAACAUUUAAUGAAAGGCUAUGUAGARCAAGACGUGUAGUAGAAAAUGUGUUUGGUAUACUAACACAAAAAUGGAGAAUUUUUUUAAGACCUAUUGAAAGUGAUGUACAAACGACCGUACAUGUAGUGAAAGCCACAUGUUGCUUGCACAAUUUUAUUAAAAUGAAACAAAGUACAACUGUUGUCAACGACAUUGAAACGCCACAUGACAUUCACGGGCUUACUUCAGCAAGACCAACAAAUCGCAGAUCAUCAACUGCUGCAUUCGAAGUUCGAGAAAAAUUUGUAAAUUACUUUAACCAAUAA